GACCACGGAAACGUUCGCUGGGAAACGGCGGAGAGGCGUCGGGCAGACGAGAGCGAGACCCCGUACCGUACCGCGCGCACCAAACGCCGUGCCCAUGUAAAUACUCCACCGCGACGCAGUUCGCAGCACCCACCCACCGCACCGCACCGCACCGCGUCCCAAUGCCCAAGCCUGCUAGCUAGUCUUGCUAGCUCGCCAUGUCGGCGUCGUCGGACCCCUCGCCGUCCUCCUCGGCGGCCGCGGCCGUGCCGUCCCCGCUCGCCGCCUACCAGACGCACCCGCACCACCACCACAACCUGCACCUCUCCACGCCGCCGCACCACGCGUACCCUCCCGCGGCGCCGCCCCCUUCCCCGGCGUCCGCGCCCAGGGACUACCGCAAGGGCAACUGGACGCUGCACGAGACGCUCAUCCUCAUCACCGCCAAGCGCCUCGACGACGACCGCCGGGCCGGCGGGGGCGUGGCCAUGGCGGGGCCGUCCUCGCCGCCCACCCCGCGCUCGGCCGAGCAGCGCUGGAAGUGGGUCGAGAACUACUGCUGGAUCAACGGCUGCCUCCGCAGCCAGAACCAGUGCAACGACAAGUGGGACAACCUCCUCCGCGACUACAAGAAGGUCCGCGACUACGAGGCCCGCCGCGCAUCCAUCGCCGCCGCCGCGCCUCCUGUCGACGCCGCCGCCCCGGCAGCACAGCAGCAGCAGCCUCAGACGCCGCUGCCGUCCUACUGGACCAUGGAGCGGCACGACCGCAAGGAGCGGAAUCUGCCCACCAACCUCGCCCCGGAGGUCUACGACGCGCUCCUCGACGUGCUCUCCCGCCGCGCCGCACGCCGGGGCGGCGCCGCGAUCGCGCCCGGGGCUCCAGCCCAGCUCGCCCUGCCGCCCCCUCCUCCACCACCACCACCCUCGCCGCCAAAGCCUCUCCUCAAUCAGCAGCAGCAGCAGCAACAGCAGAAGCAUCAUCAUCUCCACCCCCAGCCUCCGGCACUGCUGCAGCUCCCGCCACCCCUGCCGCAUCCAUCUUCGGUGCCGUCGGCGACGUCCGUUUCCGCCGAGGAGGAGAUGACGGGGUCGUCGGAGAGCGGGUCGGAUGGGCUGGGCGGGAUGUCGGGAGGAGGCGGCGGGGACGGCGACGAGCCGGAGGCGAAGCGGCGGCGGCGGGUGGAGCGGUUGGGGUCGAGCGUGGUGCGGAGCGCGACGGUGCUGGCGCGGACGUUGGUGGCGUGCGAGGACCGGCGGGAGCGGCGCCACCGGGAGGUGCUGGAGCUGGAGGAGCGGCGGCUGCGGCUGGAGGCGGAGCGCAACGAGGUGCGGCGGCAGGGCUUCGCGGGGCUGGUGGCCGCCGUGAACGGCCUCUCCGGCGCCAUCCACGCCCUCGUGUCCGACCACCACGGCCGUAGCGGCGACUCCUCCAGGUGAUCGUCCACCAUGCAUGGAUGCCGCCAUCAACCAAGCACAACCAGCCGUUACUUUUUGCACCAUGAGGCCCGGCAGGGCAGAGAUGGCAUCCUCUCUGACGCAUGCAAGGCAUGGCAUCAAGAUUUGGGACGGUGGUCGAUCGGGUCAAGGGACCGGGAUGUAAUUAAGGGCAAUUGUUGGGAGGCUGUGGCUGUGAGCGAGUGAUGGAUGACUUGGGUACGUAGAAUUUGGUCAUGUUGGGUUUGAUGGUGGUUGUGAUGCAUUGCGAUUGCGUUGUUGGGUUUUGUUUGGGCCUGUCGGUCGUGGACCGUGAUGAUUAGAGUAGUGGCCUAGCUAGCAAGGUCGCUGCAUGCUGUCACGUGAUCGCCGGCAGUGGGGCCUCCAUGCAUCGCCGGGAGUAUAGAUCAAGUGCGUGCGUUAGCUUUUGGAGGUAUUGCCUCUUUUGCCCUCGUGUUGCAUGCAAGCAUCAUGCCUGCAUGUCACCUACGCUACCGAGCAUGGUGCUGUAUCUGUAUGGGAAUGGGAUCGGGUCGUACCUACAUGUUGUAGUAUCAUUGUUCAACUAGUGUACUCAAUGCAA